AUGACAGACUCCAUGACUGGUACUCAUUUCAUUGCAAUAGCAACCUGGUUUGCACCUUCUCCCCUUUUCAUCCUCGUGAAUCUUGUCAUCGGUACCAUAGCUCUCGUUUCUUGCUUCAAUGCUGCACCCAAAAUCAAAAUCAUCCAACGAGCCAAGUCCUUUAAUACCCGUCACUAUUACAACCACCAAGAACAAACAUCUAGUAUUACACAACAACCCGAGUCAGGAUCCGAGUCCACUCAAUCCCAACUCUUUCAAAUACCAUCCCUCUUAAAGCGUGUCGUGUCCUUCAAUCUCUCCCUUGAUAAACUUGCGCCACCACAAGUAAAAACACAUUACAUUCAACCUGAAUCCGAAAACUCAUCUUCCGAACUUGAUCCAAAACUGAUUUGCGAUUUGAGUGAUGAGGAGAAGAGGAAGGUGGAACUGAAGAGAUCGGUGAGCGAGAAAGAGUGCUCGAUGACGUUGGACUGGGAGGAGGAAGAGGAUGAAGAAGCGUUGGAGAGAAGGAGGCCAGCGACGGCGAUGGCGAGAAGUGAAACGACGACGUGUAAAGAAGAUGAAGGAGUUGAUGCAAAAGCUGAUGAUUUUAUUAACAUGUUUAAAAAGCAACUGAAGUUGCAGCGGCUUAAUUCUUUAAUCCGUUACAGAAACACACUUACACUUCCCUACUUUGAGUAG